CUCAGCAGCUCCGACGAAAGCCCAGCAAAGGAGGGGUCGCAGGGGGCGGGGCCAAGGGAGCUUAUUAUGUUGGCAGUCCAGCGAUUUGAAAUAUUAAUGUGGACCUAGCCUACUUUCCAGGCUCAUGUUGAUGUGCCUUAUGCCCUGAGGCCGUUGCGCAAUCCCAUUGUCAUGAUCCAAAGUCCAACUAUUGCAACAACAUGCAGCAACUUCAACUACGGAAAGCAGUAGAAAAGGAUUUCUCUGGAUAAGGAUUUGAAAUUAUGGGCUCAGUAUGUAUCAAGGAUGACUAAUAUUCACCUGUACAGGAGGUAAUCUACUGAGGCCUCAUGGUAAAAAGUAUAAUUGUUGCCUACACCCUGUGGGCAGUAGGUGGGCCUUUGGGCCUUCACCAUUUGUACUUAGGGAGAGACACCCAUGCUCUGCUAUGGAUGCUAACACUAGGAGGAUUUGGAUUUGGGUGGGUCAGGGAAUUUAUACGCAUCCCUGCUUAUGUUAGUGAGGCCAAUCAAGAAGGAAAUAAAGAAAGAAAAAGGCCUCCCACCUCAAUCCCUCCACCUGUGAGUCCUGUCAGAUUUGCAGGACAGGUGUGUGUUGGAGUCUACUUUGGCACUGUGGCCAUGAUAGGACUGAACUCCCUCAGUUUCUUCUACUUGAUUGUGUUGCCUUUAUGUGUGGGUGCAGGGGUGCAUCUGGUGUCCAAUGUUGGCCAGCAGACCUCCGAUCUCCAAAAGACUUUGACUUCUUGUCUCGCAACCUCCCUGCUAUUCUAUGGCAGCACAUUAUCUCCUCUUCCUAUAAGCUUGGCUGCCAGCGUCACUGCUGCAAAGCACCGCACGUUCAAACCUCCACGGACACCUGGGAGCAAACAGAAAUUAGGUCCACGGCUUUAUAGGAUCGGUCUAGGUUGGCUGGCCUUCUCUGCACCGUUGGCUUACUGUAUUUUCCACAACACCACAGCCACCCUGUACUAUCUGUCUGACUCUAUAGCAGCACUGCUGGAUAUUUUCUGGUUCCUGCCUUGGCUCAGAAGUGUGUUGGAGUACCUUCUUUUAACGCCAUAUCGGAUAUUGUGUGUGCUUACUGGAGGAGGGUACUAUGAAGAGGCCUGGAGGAAGGUGCUAGAAAUACUGCUCAAAGAAUACACUGAGAGAGAAAAAGAGGCACUGAAGAUAUUGUCUCUAGGAGCAGAGGCCUCUCUUGAGGAGAUAUCCCGAAGUUAUAGGGAACUGGCCAAGAAGUGGCAUCCAGAUCACAACCCCAGCAAGGAUGCUGAGGAAAUAUUUGUGAAGCUCCAGGAGGCUUAUGAGGUCCUUCUACGUUGGCAUAGGCCCAAUCGAUUCAAGUAGUUGCCUUUUAUUCAUUAAGGGCUUGCUUGCGUUGUCAUUAUUUUUUAUUGUUCAUGAAAAAUAAAUCAAGGGCACGCACAGACACUUGUACUUUGUAGUUUAUAACACAUAUAGACUGUGUUUCACAGCUGUCCAGUCCAUUAUUUAAAAGUCUGGACCAAGCAGCAGUUUGCUGCCACCUCCUGGGGCUAAAGAUGAAGUGUAAUCGUAAACCAUCUCAUGAUAACAAUUUUCACCUGCUUUUAUUUUAAUAUCUGCUUGCUUUCUGUAAGACGCGUGUACAUGUACUGUUUAUACAGGCGUACUGUAUAUUUACAUAUGCCAUUUUUUUGUUUUUUAUUAAACAUUUCAGGGUCACUGACCGUAUUGCAGCAAGUAUUUGACAAAAUAUAUUCAUGCGCAGCAGCAAUUUGCAGUGCAGAGUCCGACAUGAUCUAAAAGCACACAUUUCACCCUCAUUAUGACCACCUGUCUGCAAAGAAGACACGCAUCGAUGCAUUCGGCAAUCACCGAAUCAGGAACUCUGUUGUAAAAUUAUUUGGUCUGUAUCCCAGCAUGGGCCCGGAAGUUGUUUGGGAUUCCGAUUCCCAGGUAAAAAAAAAAAAAAAAAAAAAAAAAAAAAAA